UUUGUAAACAUCACGGUCAAGCGUUAUCAGCUGUGCGUUUUUGGCCAAUUACUACGUGCGAUAACUAGUACUAGAAGUUUCUAGUAGCUCAGUACACAUUUUGCCAAGCAGUGCAUGCCUCGCUUUUCGAUCUACUAAUGGAUAGUGAGCCCCACUCUGAUGGUCGUUUGAUCGAUUUGGUGGACAACGAGUGGAUGUCGGAGAAGCUGCCGUUCGAUCACAUCCUGGUGCCGUCUGAUCAGCUGCCGGAUCCGGAGGCGGAUAACGAUGAUUCGCAUUUGACGCUGAAAGAGCAGGAGCAAAAGUGGACCGAUCUUGCGCUUGCCUCGCUCGCUCCGGAUAUGGCAAUCAAUGAGCAAGUGAACUUGCCGGGUGUCUAGUAAGAGCGCAAUCUGCACCCCAAUCCACACCGUAAACGAUUCCAACUUAAGCUAGGAUAAAGGACAAAACACACCAACAUGAACCGCCAUCUCCAUUCGCCGACGGUGCUGACGGAGUUCGCACGAAACU